UCUACUCCUCUUCUCUCCUCUCCUCAUGUCUCCUCUUCUCUCCUCUCCUCUCCUCAUCUCUCCUCUCCUCUCCUCAUCUUUCCUCUCCUCAUCUCCCCUCUCCUCAUCUCUCUACUCCUCUUCUCUCCUCAUGCUCUCUCUCUGACAGACAGCGCUGACAGUGAUCUGGAGUUGGCCAUGGUGCGGCAUCAGCCGGAGGGCUUGGAGCAGCUCCAGGCUCAGACCAAGUUCACUAGGAAGGAGCUUCAGUCGCUCUACAGAGGCUUCAAAAACGAGUGUCCCAGCGGAUUGGUGGAUGAGGAGACGUUUAAAUCGAUCUAUUCCCAGUUCUUCCCUCAAGGAGAUGCAACCACAUACGCACACUUCCUUUUCAAUGCUUUUGACAUGGACAGAAAUGGCUCUAUACGUUUUGAGGACUUUGUAAUCGGCUUGUCUGUUCUGCUUCGAGGUUCUGUGACAGAGAAACUGAGGUGGGCCUUUAACCUGUAUGAUAUUAAUAAAGACGGCUACAUCACCAAAGAGGAAAUGCUGGCUAUCAUGAAGUCCAUCUAUGACAUGAUGGGCAGGUACACCUUUCCUUGUGUAAAAGACAACGCUGCAUUUGAACACGUGGAAAAAUUCUUCCAGAAAAUGGACCGAAACAGAGAUGGUGUUGUAACCAUAGAUGAGUUCAUAGAGACCUGUCAGAAGGACGAGAACAUUAUGAGCUCCAUGCAGCUGUUUGAGAAUGUCAUCUAGAGCGCAGCGGGAAGUGCAGAGUGAUCCUGGCUCUUUUUCCACAUCGACUCUCAGCAUCGUUCCAUCAGUCCUCGAGCGCUCCACAGGGACUCUCUAGAAACACUUGUGUUUUGUACCUAGGCCUUGCACAUCAUCUGUAGCAUGUGAAUGAAUAUUCUGAUUGAUUGCAUUGAAUGCUUUAACAAAAGGAUUUGGGUCAGUUUCAUCUUCAGCAUUCAAGACUCAUUUGUAUAUAUGUAGAUAUAUGUGUUCUCUUAAACUGAUUUCUGCCUAGAUAAAUGAACUUUAGCAUGUUUGCCUGCUAUUUGUCUUUUUUUUUCUUUUUUUGUUUUUACAAAAAACAUUGAGGCAUCUGUGAAUUAAUCCAUGAUGUGCAUAUGUCGGUAUACUGUAAAAUAAUUAUUUGUUCAUUUAAGAGAAAGUGAAGUGACGUGUGUCUAUAUUAGGCCAUGACUUAUUUAUGUAUUAUUUCACAUAAUUACGUAAGUACAUUAUGCUAAAUUCAAACAAAGAAAUAUAGAUUUAUUGAUUUGUUGGUUGUCUUUUGGAAGGAAUGUGCUUAAAUUCUUCCUUUUAUUUCAAUUUCCAUGGGGUUACAGUAUUUCUAUGUUAAAUAUUAGGUAAUUAAAUAUACGUUUCAACAAAGAGAGACAAAAACAUUAUCAGACAUUUGCAUUAGUAAAGUACUAAUCCAGACAAUUGUUUCAUUGUUCAACUAUUAUUUUAUAAUUUAUUUAUUUAUUUAUUUUUUAUGUAUAAAUAAUGAACUUUUACUCAUGCAUUUAUUUACUAUAUUCAGUGGUGUGGCACAGUAUAUUGUUAUGUUACAUGUAUUUACUUGUUUUAAUUGGGAAGUAAUGGGCUUAAAUUCAUGAACUGUGUUAAAUACAUAUUUCGGGAACUAUCCCUUUAAUUGCUAUGUAAACAGUAUCCCAGUGACCAAGAUAUCUUGAAUCAGUUAUAUAAGCAUCCACAAGAUGGCAAUGCAGUGCUCAAACCCGCUUGUUACCAGAGGAACAGAUACAAAUUCAAGCAGGCAACACAAGUGAAAGCAGCCUUUGCAUCAAUUGAGUCAUCCCUUCUCUUCUCUCUCUCUCUCUCUCUCUCUAUCUCUUUGACUCAGUUUCACUCUGGUUUAUGAGUCGAAACCUACUCAUAGUAUAACUGGCACCAUUCACAUCAUAACCUAUAAAGCUUCCACUUUUUCUGGGUCACCUUUGCUUCCUCAAACACGGAGAAACAAUUCACUAUUAUAUUAAACAUGUGCCUCCUCAGAAUAAAAGUCUUGUAUAUGGAGAAAGAAACACACGUAGGGAAAUAAGGCUUUGGCACACCCAGCACUCUCACAAUACUGAGAUUUUAAAGAUAUAGAUGUUUACAUGAAGCAUAUUUCUAUUCAUUUUAUUUCUUUGGUAAGCACACUUUUCAGUUAAAUAAAGGACAUUAUGUGUUCACUAGUAUUGCAUUCAAGGGACGGUGUGU